AGUGUGCAAUCUUGCUCUGAUGAUGUCUGUCAGGGUGGUACAGAUGAAAGCUUGGCACAGUUUCAUCGGGGUCGCAGGACGGUGAGGCGAGGACUUCUUGGCACAAUCCUGCUUCGGUUUCCGGUGCGACGACAUCACGACUUCCUUCCAACCAAAUUUUUCUUCGAAAUGGCCACUCAUGCCACAAUACUUCGUCUGUUAGCCUUUGUCACCAUCUGUUAG